AUGGGGAAUUGCUUGGCUAAGAAUCAGGAUAAGGAUAAUGAUUCCGAUCAACAUGUGGAGUUUGCUGCUGGCAACGUAGCACUUAUUACCACCAAAGAAUCCUGGGACCAGAAGCUGGAAGAAGCAAAGAAGGACGGCAAAAUCGUGAUUGCGAAUUUCAGCGCAGUAUGGUGCGGUCCUUGCAAGGUGAUUGCGCCAUAUUACUGCGAGAUGUCUGAGAAAUACACAUCUAUGAUGUUCUUAUUAGUUGACGUCGAUGAGCUAACUGAUUUCAGCACUUCGUGGGACAUAAAAGCGACACCAACUUUCUUCUUUCUUAAAGAUGGACAACAGCUCGACAAACUUGUAGGAGCCAACAAGCCAGAGCUUGAGAAGAAGCUUGUUGCCAUUGCUGAUUCAGUUCCUCAGAAGAACAACCAGUGA